AUGGCUAAAGAUGUAAAAAAGAUUGCUAGUACUACUUGUAAGAAAAUGACUGGAGGAAAAUCUAAGUUUGCAUCUAAAACUAAAUCUAAGAAAAAGAAGAAAAAAUCAUAUAGCUCUAAGCGAAUUAACUCCUAUACAAUUUCUGAUGAAUCCUUUUCAGAGUCUAGCAGUAAUGAUGAUGAUGCAACAUCUAGUAAAGAUAAACUUGAGACCAAUGCUCUAGUCCAUGGUGAAGAAAUAGCUUUCAAAUCAUCUAAAACUAUCAUUCAUUGCAAAAUCAGUUCACCAUUAAGAAAAAUUGUACAAGUGCCUUCCGCAUUGAUUGAUAGUGACGCCAAUUGCUCAGUCCUCUCAAAAGGUCUUAUAAAGUUACUGGGUGCAGAAAUCAAUAAAAAUAAAAAGCCUCCUGUUAAGUGGAAUUUUUCUUCUAGUUCAUCUACCAAAGCGGAAGCAUUGUUUAAGAUGAACCCCAAAAAUGUACACACUUACGCUACAGUUUUGGGUGUUGGAAGUGGCUCUGUCAUUGGAGUCUGGAAAGCGGUGGAAAGUUCAGUUGGUAAAAUGGAGGAAAGACUGGAGAAACAGAUCAAUAAUAAGAUGGAAGGAAGAAUCAAUCAACGGCUCAAUAAAACAGACGUGCAAUUAUUGAGGGAAUCGCUUUCAAGGAGAACUCACCCUAGGUGCAUUAAUUGA